AAUCCAAAGCAAGUGACUCGACUUUUUCUGCCCCAAAGCACCGGAGACGAGCACGCCCGGGGGAACUGGGGUUUCCUGGAUCAGCUAGCAGCUCUCAAAUGGGUGCAGGAAAAUAUUGAGGCCUUCGGUGGCGACCCACAAUCCGUCACAGUCGCUGGAGAAUCUGCAGGAGGCAUCAGUGCAUCCAUACUGACUUUGUCUCCACAAGCAAGAGGACUGUUUCAGAGGGCAAUUUUUCAAAGUGGAGUAGCAACACUUGGGACCUACACGACAAGCCAUCCUUUGGCUUUUGCCAAGAUUGUUGCCAACCUUACUGGAUGUGACCGUAGCAGCACAGAGGAACUGGUCCAGUGUAUGAGGGGAAAAAGUAAAGACGAGUUAGUUGAAGCAACUAAAAAGAUGAAAAUUUACCUGGGCGGCGUGGUGGACGGCGUGUUUCUGACCGACACGGCAGAGGAGCUUCUCAAGAGGAAAGAAGUGCUGAUGGUGCCAGUGAUGUUGGGAAUAACCAACCAUGAGUUUGGGUGGAUCCUUCCUCAGAGCUUCGCCCCUCCUGGCUGGGAGAACGGUAUGAACAGAGAGGCUGCGCUGGCCGUGGUGAACAUGUUCAACCCCACAGGGGCCUCCGCUGCAAACAGCCUCAUCGCUGACGAGUACAUAAAAGACGGUAAAACACCAGAGGAGAUCCGAGACGCGUUCACCGAAAUUAUGGGAGACCUGCUGAUGACGCUGCCCGUCGUCAAGGUGGCUGGAUACCAUUCAGAUGCGGGUGUUCCAGUUUACAUGUACGAGUUCGUGUACCGCGCCGAGAUACACGAAGGCACCAGACCCAGCUUUGUGAAGGCAGAUCAUGCAGAUGAUGUCGGCUUCGUGUUUGGUGGAUGUUUCUGGAACGGACAUAUAAAAAUCAUAGGAAACAUUACCGAGGAGGAUGAAAGAGUGUGUAGGACCAUGAUGUCAUACUGGGCCAGUUUUACCCGUACUGGGUGA